AUGGGGACGCUAAAGUGCGAUGGUCACGCUAAAGUGCGAUGGUCUACGCUAAAGUGCGAUGGUAAGAUACGCUAAAGUACGAUGGUAUGUCAUAUAAAGUAGAACACGCUAAAGUCCGAUGCCUCAAUACGCUAAAGUGCGUUUUUCCGCGAAAGUGCAUUUGUUCGCGAAAGUAUUGACGUUCGGAACGUUAACUAUUAUUAUGACGUUAUAAGCCGUUUAUACAAACAAACAAAAAUGGAAGUGCCGCUGCCGUUAAACUUAAAUAUGUGUCCAAAUGAAGGAUUUAUUCUUGACAAAAAAAGAAAGAAAAGAGAAACAAAUGAUCCGAAUCCGGAACACUUUUGGUCGGUUUUAGAAGAGGUAAAUUUAAUUUGUAAAAAGAAAUUUGAUGAAAACAGCUGGGGUGCUAAAAAAAUAAAAGAUCAACUAAGUUUACAAAUGAGUGAGACAAGUGUAAGAAAAUAUUUGGCCAACUUUCUUUAUGAUGAUGAUACCUGUGCAUUGUACCACAGAAGUACUAAGAUUGGAGACAAUCACAGAAGAGUUUUAUCAAAAGAACAAAUGAUAGCUGAAAUUAAUGCCAACCAUAAAAUUGAUCACCGUAAAAGUGACGCGGUAUAUGAAACACUUAGAAAGACCUAUUUUCCCGUAGUUCGGGAAAAUACAAGAUUACUGUUCAAGCAACAUAUAAAAUGUUCCCAAUGCCUAGCAGCAGUAGAUCUACCAAAAACACAAAUAACCAGAAGACCUAUACCGGCUACCUAUUCAAAUAGUAGGUGGCAAAUGGAUCUGAAGAAAAUGCCCCCAUGCAAAGGUUACAAUUAUAUAUGCAACAUAGUUGACUGUUACAGCCGCUUUGCCUUUGGUGGACAUCUUAAACAGAAGACGGCAAAAGAAGUGUCGGAAUUGCUUUUGAAAUUCAUCUACAUAUUUGGCCCACCUCGGAUUCUCCAGACUGAUAACGGCAAAGAAUUUAAUAAUGCUGAUCUUUGUGCAGUAAUUGAUGAGUUUAAGACAAGAAAAAUUAAUGGUCGUCCGUACCAUCCCCAAUCACAAGGACGUGUAGAAAGAUUUAACAGGACUGUAGUCGCAUACUUUAGAGCCCAAUUUGUUGAUACUAGAGAUUGGCCAAGUUUACUAGGAGAAUUUUAUUAUAAAUACAACAACAGAGUCAACAAAUCCACUAGACCCAUGACACCCCACCAAAGAUUUUUUAAGAGGCCAAAUUUUUCAAUGGCAUUAGAAGAACAGGUUGCAAAGUGUAAUUUGACUAAAGAGGAAAAAGAAUUUCUAGAAAUGGCUCACUUGGAUGUUGAAGAAGAUGAUGACGACAACAAUAACUUGGCCUUAAAUGAAAACUUAAAAUCAGUGAAAAUUAAUGAAAUUACAGAUACAGAAGAGGGUCAUAUUAAUCAGAAAGAUAAUGAAGUUCAGCAGUCUGAGAUGCUACAUCAUACCAUAACUACGGACUAUGCAACAAUUGGUGCAUCAAAUACAAAUUUUGAGAUUAACAGUAAAGAUGUGGUUAAUAAAGCAUCAGAGAAUAAAGCUGGAGAAAUUACCAGAAUGGAUGCAGAAAAUGAUUACCAGGAAUUUGUUGAAGCGAUGUGGCACACAAAAAUUACCAACAGGAUCAAAGAAAGUGAAUUAGCAAUAUCUGCAAAUGCAACUAUAACUAGUAAUGAGUCCGUAAAUGGCGUAGAACAUGUUGAGGUCAAUAAUACUGUACAGACUUACGAUAGAUUGAACGAAAUGAUACCAUCACAACAGCAACUCCAAAUGUCUCAACCACUGCAAGAUAUCACAAAUUCUCAAAUGAUACGCAAUACAAGUUUACAUCAAUCAGAAGUUAGCCCAUAUUAUAAAGACUUAUAUGCAAGAAAAUUUAUACAACGUACUGAUUCUGGUAUAGCAGGCCUGAAACGCCGUCAUUUGGAAACAGAAAUUUAUAUGUCUCAGAAUCGUGAAGAAUGGGACAGUAGCUUGUAUCCGGAGGAGUUGUUUCCUAAAAAAGUAUCCAAACUUACAGAAAUGCAAACUUUUCAUCCCGCAGUUAAUGCAGUUAUAGACUUUAAACCAAAUUCAGCUUUGUCCGCGGGUACAAACGUUUUUCUGUCCGGGUAUUGGAAGAAAGGACUUGUUAUGAAUAUUGAAAAUGAUGACAGUAAAGGGAAGGUGUAUACCAUAAAGGAGCUUGAAAAUGGCAAAAUUCACCAAGUUUCAAAAUAUUUGAUUCGUCCGAAUUUGAUUUAGAUAUCUAUUUUAUGAAUUCCAUGUCAUUUUAAAAGUUGUGCCAAAUAAAGUCUACUUUUCACUUUUAAAUUAAUUAAUUAUAUUUUAUUAAAUAGAGAUUGAAAAAAGAUUGAUAUGAGUGCCAAUGAGAUAACUUUACAUCAAAGUCACAGGUUUUAAAUGUAAAAGUACAUUUGUUUAAUAUAUUGAUUUUCGCCAACAAGACAGUAACUUAUCAACACAACUUGUAACAUCAUAUUUUGAUUGACAAUGAGACAAUUACGGGAAAUAAAUAAA